ACUUGAUGGAUCCUAAAAUUGUUCUAAAUAUACCUGAAGUACUUUAAUUAUGUUUUUUUCUAUUGAUUACUGCUGUAUGUAACCAAAAAAAUCUACAAAAAAUAGUUUAAAGCUGUGGUUAUGUUUUUUUUUGUUUUUGUUGUUUUUUGUUGAUUUUUAAAUCGCUCUCUCUCUCUCAGUCUCUCACUCUGCAGCUUCAGACAGAGCUGGAAGAUACACCUGCCACAGAUCACAGUCUCUCACUCUGCAGCUUCAGACAGAGCUGGAAGAUACACCUGCCACAGAUCACAGGCGACCAGCUCUCUCUGCAGCUUCAGUAAACAGAGCUGCACAGAUCACAGGUGACCAGCUCUCUCUGCAGCUUCAGUAAACAGAGCUGGAAGUGGAGAUACACCUGCACAGAUCACAGCACAGCUGAUCAUGUCCUCCGGAUUGCAGACCCUGAAUGAAAUGACUCAGCUAAGGGAGACUGGGUUUGGAAUGCCUUGGCCCAGACAUGGACUCAAGCUCCUGUACUGGUUCUCCACCAGGUGCAUCUCCUUUGAUGGGAACAAUGAAAUGGUGUCUCGCUGUGACCCCAGGAGAGGACACUUCGGGUUCCAUCGCUUCAUAAACAGACCAAUCGAGGAAGGCGUUACGCUGCUGCCUGUGGAGGAGCUCCAGUACUACGUUUUGGGAAACGUUAAUUUUCCAAAAGCGGACCAGCUGCCCGAGUACGUCCGUAAGAACAGAGCUCUUAAAGGUAGUAAUAAAGACCGCAUCAUCAUCAGCCUGGACGCCCAGAAGAUCCGCAAGGUCUACAUAACCACACACAUCGACAACAAGGAAUUUGACAUCAACAACACCUUCCUCAUCAGCAGAGACCUGCUCACCAACAUCAGCCUCCAUCAGGACGUAGAAGACUUCCUGUGCGAGAUGGACUACUCCAGUGCAUCAGAUCUGAAGGGUGGAGGUGAAUCUUCCCCCACAAGAAGCUCGGACACCAGUCCAGAACCAGAAUUAACUCCUCCCCCUGAGAACAGAAGCACUGAAGCUCAGAAUACCAUCUCACCCAGGACUCCAGGACCCUGGAAGUGCGCCUGCACAAUCCUUUAAAGCUCAGGACACAGAAAUAUGAGGGAUCAGAUAAAAAAGGUGCUCCUUCUGAACUGUGUUUCAGCUAAAAAAUAAUUAAAGCUGAAAUGGUAA